GCUGACAGAUGUUCGGAGGCAGCGCCUGUUUGAAGAAAAGCCUACUGGAAUAUCUGGAGAAAACAGGGGUGGGGGGACGUCGUUGGAGGAGAAAGUUCACUGCCUGGAGCAUAAAGUCCGUACUGAAUGAAAACGCACCAUGGCGGGUAAAGGGAGAGCGUGCGCGGCCGGACAGAGCCAGCUCCAGGACUCCUCAGACUCGGACUCUGAACCGGAGGGGGAGCCCGCUCGGGUGGCCGGUACCGGGCCGUCCGCCGGCUCCUUCCCCUGCGCCCAGGUCAUCCACAGCGGACACUUCAUGGUGUCGUCGCCCCACAGCGACUCCGUGCCGCGCAGGAGGAAAAGCGGCGGCUCGCUGAGAUAUGACUUUGACACGGUGAACAGGACGUGGUGCCAGACUUACCGGUACGGCCCGCUCAGCUCCGGGAGCCUGAGCAUCGACCCUACUCUGACCCGCUUGUUUGAGUGCAUGUCCCUGGCCUACAGUGGCAAGAUAGUCUCACCAAAGUGGAAGUCUUUUAAGGGUCUGCGGCUGCUGUGGAGGGAUAAGAUCCGUCUGAACAACGCGAUCUGGAGAGCUUGGUUCAUUCAGUAUGUGGAGAAGAGGAAGAACUCAAUGUGUGGGUUUGUCACCCCACUGGAGGGAUCUGAGGCUGACGCACAUCGCAAGCCUGAAGCGAUUGUAUUAGAGGGCAGCUACUGGAAGCGAAGGAUUGAGGUGGUGAUCAAGGAGUAUCACAAGUGGAGGAUUUACUACAAGAAGAGGCUUCAGAAAAAGAAAGAUGAUAUCCUAUCAAUGCUCCAAGAGGGCCAGAUCUGCCAGGCCAAGCUGGAGAAAUGGUCCAAUCAGAUGUACCAGGAGCCUGAGGCUGCACCGGUGGAGGCCCACAUGUUUGACUUGGACUGCCUCCUGUCCGACAUCUCUGACACCCUGUUCACCAUGACACAAAAGCCGUGUUCCUGGGCCAGUGACCGGCACAACACGUACACUAGCAAUGCUGAUAUAAUCCAGCCAGGCCUGACUCCACUGCAGCCUAACUUGGAUGAUUUCAUGGAUAUACCAGAUGUCUUUAUGAACUACAGGGGCCAGCCCACUGAGCAGACUGGUUUUGCUGACUGUGGCUAUUUUCAGAGCUCAUCCAGCACAGCGUUUGCUCCAGUCCCCUCCCCUGUGGUAACAGCUCCUCAGCUACUUAUCGACAGCCAGCUGGCUCAGCCCAAUCUGUCAUCUGACAAUUUGCCUCAGCCCUCCUCAUCCAAUACACGGACAGACCAGUCCAGGGCGGGCCAGGACUGCAGUGAAUACCACACAUCCAGCAUCAUAUCAGGAGCCAUUCCGUAUGGACAUCAGUCGUACCCUGAUCCACCUGUCUCUAUAGCAUUCUCCUCCAGCGUCGAGCAGCCGGCCUCUGCAAGUAUUCCUUUUUUGUACCCGCUGCCAUGCCACAAGUUUGGUUACUACACAACGACCAGCGUGACCUCCACUGUCAUCACCCACACCGCCUCCACCACUGGGGCCCAGGGCUCCGUGCACCAGGCUCACGCCUUCCCACACACAGGGGACACAUACCCCCCGACUCCCUGCCACUCUCUAAAUUACCCUGCUUCCGUGUCCGACCCGGUCCAGGCAACACUGCCCUCUGUCACUGCGGCCCACUGCUUCUCAGUCCCAGAACAGGUGGCUGUCACAGGGGUCAGAGGGAAGCACAAGCAAAAGACAGAAGGAGCAAGGACAGUUAUUCCCUCUGUAGCUCUGUCUGGCUCCCAGUCCACUGCCCCCACACACACUAGCUGCCUAGCUAAACUGCUCUCCUCUGGAACCCGUGAACGGAAGCCAUUGCUGGGAUUUGAUACUACUCUAGUGACGGCCAAAGGUCAGAGGUCAUCAUCUCCCAGCUCCGCGCAGUCGAGCAGCAGCACACAUGCUGGAGGGGCUUCGUUGCAGCUGCAGCAUGGAGCUGGCUGGCCUGCAGGGAUCCCAGUGUUGACACCUCUGCACAGCCAGAGUUCCACCCAGGGUCACAGCGGACCCCACGCGAGCACCUCCAGAGGUUUGGCAGUACCCCCCCUGCUCACCCAAGGCUCUCCACAUACCCAUACCAAAUCCGCAACCCUCCUCAUUCCCAAGACUGAGAAACUAUCUCCUGUCCAGCUCUACAGCACGGACAGGAGCAACUCAACUGUGAAUUUUCCAGAAAAUCCGGGCCGAACAUCACCACCAAACCUUUUGGACAAAGCCUCCAACCCUGAGUCCCCACAGUCAGGCUUCCCAGGACCUGGAAAGAUAGAAUCAAGUAAGCAAACAGAGACCAGGAGGAUUACUCACAUCUCAGCAGAGCAGAAGAGGCGUUUCAACAUCAAACUGGGAUUUGACACUUUACAUAACCUUGUGACAACACUCAGCUCUCAGCCCAGCAUAAAGAUCAGCAAAGCCACCACACUGCAGAAGACGGCUGAGUACAUCAGUAAGAUGCAACAAGAGAGAGCUCAGCUGCACGAGGAGGCGCAGAGACUCAGAGAGGAAAUCCAGCUCCUCAACUCUGCCAUCAAUGCGUGCCAGCAGCAGCUACCAGCCACCGGUGUGCCCAUCACACGGCAGCGCUUUGACCACAUGAGGCAGAAGUUCAGAGAGUACGUCCGGGCACAAACUCUGCAAAACUGGAAGUUCUGGAUUUUCAGCAUCAUCAUCGAGCCGCUGUUUGAGUCCUAUAAUGGAAUGGUGUCCACUGCCAGUGUGGAGGACCUGUGUCGAUCCACUCUGUCCUGGCUGGACCAACACUGUUCCCUGCCUGCCCUGAGACCAAUGGUUCUGAGUUCACUCCGUCUCCUGAGUACCACCACAGCCAUCCUGACAGACCCCAGCCUGCUGCCAGAGCAGGCCACCCUCGCUGUCACCCAGGACGACCCUGCUGCCGCUCUGGACAACUCAUUACAGACCACCACUCGAGACAAUAUACACCCCAUGUGACCCUGAAGAACAGACUGUGGAACUGAACUGGAACCCACCACAAUGCACAAUGAUUAAAAAAAACUCAACACUUAUCCCCGAGACUGUUAAUAAUCAUAUUCCAAUAAAACUCACCAGCUGCAAAAAGAAUGUAUUCCAGUACACCCAAAAAUCAUAAGAACUACAUGUGAUAUAUGCCUAAAUUCUGAUUAAGGUAUGAUGUAGUUGUAAUGUGCACUUUGAUUAUUUCUCAACCUCUAAAUGAUUUUCUUUGGCAAAGCAGAAGUUCAGAUGAGUUGAAGCAGACGUCAGUUACUGUGACUGUUAUGAAUGGCUUCAUUUUUUGUUGAAAUAAUUUUGUAACAUCAGUUGACAACUGCGUUUAUUCUCAAUUUCUUUCUCAACUCGCAUUCAUUGGGUACCACACACCAGUGCAAGUACUAGGAAAAAACAAGACAAAAUGCAGAGUGGUAUUUUAGAUUACUAAGUUCAGUGGUUUCCCAAAAUGGAGCCUGCAGACCACCAGGGCUCAU